AUGUGCGGCAAUGUUGACGGAUUUUGUGAUAAACUGACUGACGUUAUUCGUCGUGAACAUUCUCGAGAAUCACUGUCAGACGCAUUUCGCAUCCUUUUAAACGAUCCAUUACAUGCCCUCGACAGGCGUGAACCAAUGCUGAUCGUUGUGGAUGCUUUGGACGAGAGUAAAACUGAUGUCAAAAGUGAAUUUUUAGAGUUGAUAACAGACGAAUUUCCUGAAUUACCAGAAUGGAUUAAGAUAUUAAUUACGAGUAGACCAGAGCUACAAGUAAGGAAGAAACUUCAACAUUUAAAUCCUGUGGAAAUUCUUCCUGACGACUACCAUCACAAACUCGACUUAGAGCAUUUCAUUCACCAUUGUUUGCCAAACAUGAAUCAAGGUAAUGUAAGUUCGCUUAUUUCGAAGUGUGAAGGUUCGUUUCUGUACGCUUAUUAUUCGGUCAAUGCAUUAAAAAAAAUGGAUUUGGGAAUUGAACCCAACCUAAGUGAUUAUGUCCCCAAAGGUAUUUCUGGGUUUUACGAAAAACAGUUCGGACGUUUGAAAACAGGCCUCCAAAGGUCUAUCCCAGAUACAUGGUCAUCUGUCUUUAAAAGUUUUUUAAAUGUUGUUGCUGCUUCUAGGGAACCCCUUCCAAUGAAGCUUCUUGUUUCAUGUAUGGGUUUCAGUUUGUCCAGUGAGGAGUAUGUAAUGCGCGAGACGAUUAUUGGAAUAAUGUCAGAAAUUCUUCCACUUUAUGACGAUUGCCUAACUGUUUACCACAAGUCUUUGUGGGAUUGGCUGACAUUAGAUGGCUAUGAGGAGCAUGCGUUUGUAGGAGAUGUUGCAAACGGCACGAAACGGCUCUGGCGUGCCUGUAGCAACAUAUACCGUGGUAUUGAUUCAUUAAGUUCAGUUUUAGAUUUUCUAAUAUCACCUGAGAAAAAGUACGCUUUGAAGAAUGGUGGGAAAUAUUUGCUGGAUGUUGGAGUUGCGGAGGAUUUCCACUGGCUGGUGAAUGUUAGACUAAAUUUUUUGAAACUAAAAUUUUUUGACAGUCUGAAUGUUAGAAUUUCUGGUAUUCUUAAAUUUUGUUAUGUUAAAUGUCCCGAUUAUCAUUAUUGGGGCAAUAUUCAUCUCCAUUUUUUUUCGCAAAUUAUGAAAAAACGUCGAAUGGAAAUAACAGAGAAUAACAGAGAAAUCUACUACAUUUAUUUGCAAUCUCUUGCAAAUGGUUACUUUGAUUUCGUGCAACGGGCGAUUCAUUGUAAAAAUGAAGCUAGAGAUAUUUUGGACAAAUCAAACGAGAUUUGGGUAGAGGAAAUUGGAAAUGACUACAAUUCUAAUUUUAAAAUUAUUUCCCAUACCGUCAUGGGGUGUGUUCAAGUACCUUUCAAACGAUACGACGCCAAGGCAUUAUCACCAGACAAUAAACUGCUGGCGUACAUAAAUGAACGAACAGUUGAAGUGUUCGAAUUGCCAAGUCUUAUUAUGGUUUUUGAUCUGGAAAUAAGUGAAUUGCGCGGGCCAUCCCGGUUUUUGAUAUUUUCUCCCGAUUCUUUGUAUAUUCUAUGGAAUUCAGUGAGGUCUUGCAUCUCUAUUAGAGAGCAAAAGGAGGUGCCAUUGAUUCCACAUGGACCCCUGGAUGUUCAUUGCUGUUCAUUUUCUUCAUGUGGAACGAAACUCGUAACUUGUGAAAAGAACUUGAUUAAAGUGUGGGAUGUAAGAAAGAGAAGUAUAUUAGUGCAAGUUAGGACUGAGAUUGACGUAGAAUAUUGCAUGUUUAGUAACUGUAACUCGUGUAUUCUCGCUCGUUCUGUAAUGCAGAUCAGAGCAUUUGAUUUCAAUGAUAUUGCGAUAUUGGAAUCUACAACGUUAGAAAGGAUAGAUCUUGACAAAAUUAGUUGUGCGGACACUUGUUUGACAAAUCAAGAUUACUAUCAAAUUAUUUCACCGUCAUACCGGGUUCUUUUUAGUUACUAUGCUAAAUUUGAAAUUCGUCAUUUUCACUUGCCAAGCGGUAGAAUAGCUCUGAUUGCAAAUCAACAUUGCUCAAAACCUUUUACAUGGAAAGAUAAAAAAUGUGUUAUAUUCUUCAUUUCGGGGCUUUGGGCUUUAGUGUACGAUUUUAUUAACAACGAAGUCGUUCAAUUCUUUCAUAUUAAUUGCUUACCAAAUAACACUUCUGUGGAUUACAUAUCAAAGUUAGGUGAGAUGAAUUUGUUCGUUUGUUUAAGUCACGAUCAAGUAUUUGUUCUAUCGCUUGAAACUCCUACAGAAACUUCUGUUGUUCGUUCUGUCUACACUCCAGAUAUAAGAUGUUAUGCAUUGUCUCCAGAAAACUUGUACGUGGCGUGCUGUGACAAAAAUCGUAGUUUAGAAAUUAAAAGUGUUGAUAAUGGGAAAACAUUGCAAACUGUUGAACUGAAACAACCACCGGAAGCUUGCUGGUGGUCAGAGUUGUAUCUUUGGGUGGUUUGUAAAGGAGUGGUGGUAAAAUAUCCUUAUAAUCCAACACAAACAAACGUCUUGGGAGAUGAACUUGAGGAUUGUGAUAUAAAUUUUCAAAGUGUCCUUAAAUUUGCAGAAGGUGUACUUGUUAUUCAACUCAGUGACAAUGAAGAAAUUUCUCUGCUAAAAAUUUGCAAUCAAAUGCUUUAUCCUCAACAAAUUCCUAAGUCAAAUUUCAAUGCCACUUCAAUUGCAGUAAGUUCAGAUGGGUGUGCUAUUCUGUUGUAUCAUAAAUCCAGUUCAGAUUAUCAGUUGUGGGAGAUAGCAAGUGAAAACAGGUGGGAGUUACGUUCAACUGGAAGAUUGAAGUAUCCUGAGGAUCACGUGGCUUGGUUUUGUUUAACUGGCACAGAGAACUCUAGAAGUUCUAUAUGGGUCACUUAUACGUUUACAUCCUGGCAAGACCCGAAUGAACCUCUUUGUAUUUCUUCCAUUGAUUUCCCAAGUUGUAAGCAGGUUUCCUGGCAUGAACUUCCUUUACAACAUAUGAUUACAGGAGUUAUUUAUGUAGACUCCAACAUUGUAAUUAUAUAUAAGAAUAGGUGGAUAUAUUUUGUGAACGUGUCAGAUGGUAAAAUCAUCACUUCCUUAGAUGUAGGUCUUAUUCCUGGUCUCCGGAACGUAUCGUCCUUUUACAUCGCCUCACGAAGCAUGCUUCUUUUAGGUGGGGAAAGAGAUAUCAUUUUUUUUAAGAUUCAUAAUAUUGAAAGCAGUCUACCUUCUGUAACCAAAGAGUAG